GUGAAAAUAAAUGCAAUGUCAUCUACACAGCGACAUAGCGCCACUGUAGUCAGACAUGUUGGAUUUCAGGGUUUUUGUUCUUUUGUUCGGAGUUAUCACUCCUGUCUAUUCAGCCUGCAGCCAGGGACGGACCAAGCACGAGCUGAGGGGUGCCUGGAUCGCCACCGUCUCCAACAUCGACUGGCCAAAGUCCAGCAGCAGGACGACCAGCCAGAACCAGGCUGACCUCAUUUCACUCCUGGACACUCUGGCAUCACAGACCAUCAAUGCCGUCUUUUUCCAGGUACGUCCAGUGGGUGACGCCUUCUACGCCUCGACCAUUGAACCCUGGAGCCAGUACCUGACAGGUACACAAGGCCACGCCCCCAGCCCAUCAUGGGACCCCCUGCAGUUUCUCAUCACUGAGGCACACAAGAGGAGCAUCGAGGUGCACGCCUGGAUCAACCCCUACAGGGCCAAGUCUGGCUCCACCACCACCACAGGUCUUGCAGCUAACCACAUGGCCAAGGCAUUUACUGCUCACGCCCACGCUUACGGCAACAACCUGUGGAUGGACCCAGGUAGCACUGACGUGCAGAAUCGGUGCAAUGACGUGGUGAUGGAUAUCGUCCGCCGCUACGACGUGGAUGGUAUCCACAUGGAUGACUACUUCUACCCCUACCCCACCUCCGCCAGCUUCCCAGACACCAGUACAUACAACGCCUACAAGAACGGGGGAGGAACUCUGGCAAUCGCCGACUGGAGACGUGACAACGUUAACAAGCAGAUUGAGAGACUUUCAAACAACAUUCACCAAGCCAAGCCAUGGGUCAAGUUUGGCAUCAGCCCAUUCGGCAUUUGGAAAUCUGGACAGCCUAGCGGAGUCACAGGCACGUCGAGUGUAGACGCCCUGUACGCCGACUCCCGUCUCUGGCUACAGAAGGGAUGGCUGGACUACAUCGCCCCCCAGCUCUACUGGGUCAUCGACGGUCCUCAGAGCUUCACCAAACUCCUGGACUGGUGGUCUGACCCGGCCCAGAACCCGCUACACAAGCAUGUGUACGCCGGCCUGGCUGAUUACAGAAUCCUCGAGAACAACUGGAGCGUGAACGAGAUCCUCCACCAGAUCCAGAUAACCCAGAUCCGUACAUCACAUGACGUGUGGGGCGCCAUACACUUUAGUGCUAAAGAUGUGGAGACCAACGUGCAUGGUCUGUUCACGACGCUGAAGAGCUCCGUCUACAAGAACCCCUCAGUUCUGCCAGCCUUCAGCUUCAGGAGCGGGGUUCCCGCCCCAGCCGCGCCCCGGGUCACGGCCAGCGGUGCCACCCUCGACUGGAGCGGCAGCAACAAAGACAACGUCAGGUCGUGGGCCGUCUACCAGAGCACAGCUACCACGUGUCAGCUGGUCAAGGUUCUUGGCCCCGCCACUACGUCAUACGCCGUGCCGGGGACAGGGGACUAUGUCGUCACCGCCGUCAACAGGCUGGGAGCUGAGACCGACGGCAACACCGUCACCAUCAGCACGGUGGUGGGCUGACGUCAUCACCAUCACCACGGUGGUGGGCUGACAUCAUCGACAUCAACACUGUGGUUAACAUCAUUAACAUUAUCACUAAUGAUAGUCAUAGUUAUGAACACUGAUCAGCUUAGACCAAUCACAUAAAUAAUCGACAGAAAUAAAUGUCACA